GACACUGUACGUACGUACCUCUGUGCUGUGCGUGUUGUUGGUGCUGUAGACUGUGUAGAUGUCCUAGACCAACUUUUGCAAAAUUGUUUUAUAAAAAAUUGUCUUUCCUGAACUAUUUUAUUCUUUGCAUUUGGUGACCAUUGUUGUGUAGUUUAUUUCUUUAUAAUAUUGUAUGUAGUAUUGGUUUAUUUCAAUUAUAAAUGAUUGGUGAUGUAAGUUCGGUUUGCUACGUUUCAAAGUCUAAAAUUACAAAUUAAUCCAAUCAAGGAAUGGAUACCAAGCUGUAAUUCUGCACAUGCACACUUAUAACUUGGGAUUUCCUCUGUUACUAUUCUAAGGACAGUUGGUCACGCCGGCGCCGGUUGCCGCUGCCGGCAGCCGGGUCGCUGAUGAUGUGGUCUGGUCACACUCCUCACUGCAAACUGCACAGCACUAUGCCACUGCUUGACAGGAUAAGCGACCCUAACGAGUUGUCGCCUUGUUUGGGAGAGGGGGACGGCGUAGCUGUUAAGAUGAUGAAUACAAAGAGGCGUGUGAUUCUGGACGUGCUGAUGGCGUGCUGGGGACUGAGCCCGUGGCUCGGGGUCAACGGCUUCUUCGUGCAGUUACCGCUACUCGUGGAUCAGCUGCCGGAACAGUGGGCGCUGCCGUCCGCCAUGACGGUGGCUGUCCAAACCGCCAAUAUUGGUUUGCUGCUGUACGCCGCGUUACAUCGCAUGUUCCCGCGUCUCUCCGACUCUCUGUGUAUUCUUGCCUUGCUCUUGAUAGCAGCGCUCGCAAUUUUCAUCAACGCGUUCACCUACUCCGUAACCACUGUGAUCGGUGGUUCUGAACGUUCGGUAGCAUUUUUAGCAAUGACGUUUUUUUCCGGACUGGUGGGAUGUACAAGUUCAGUGCUGUUUUAUCCAUACUUAAGACAUUAUAGAGAUAUUUAUUUGACUACGUACUUAGUGGGGGAGGGUUUGAGUGGUUUCAUUCCGAGCGCACUCUCGCUUGUGCAGGGCGUGGGGGGCGAACCGAUGUGCGUGCAGUCGGCGGACAACUCGACGCUGGUGCCGCUGCAGCCCCCUCCGUUGUUCGGGCCUACUAUAUACAUGUUAGUGCUGGGAGGUUUGGCUGUGGCGAGCAUGUUGAGUUUUCUGCUGAUCGACAGCGGUGGGUUGUUCGCUUCGGAACGCGUGUCGACAGUGGCGCGCAACAAGGACGAGGAGGCGGUGCGGCCGCUGUCGCUGAUGUCGGCGCGCUGGGCGGCGCUGCUGGCGCUGGCGACGUGUCUGAACGUGGUGGCGAUCGGAGUGCUGCCACACAUACAGUCGUACUCGUGCCGGCCCUACGGCGUGCGCGCGUACCACUUGUCCACGGCGCUGAGCACGAUGGCGAACCCGCUGGCGUGUCUGGCUGGCGUGUGGCUGUCGCCGGCGCGGCCGCGCGCGCUGGCCGCUGGCCUGGCGGUCGCGUUCCUGCCGUUCUGCUACAUCCUCGCCACGGCGCUGCUCAGGCCAGCCCCGCCGCUUCUCUACCACCCCAGUGGAGAAGUUUUAGUGGUGCUAUGUUGGGUGGUGGUGACGGCUAUAUUGUCAUACGCGCGCAUGUGGACGUUGGAGCGAGGGCGGCGGGGGGGCGCGCGGGGCAUGCGCGGCUGCGGGGUCGCCUCGCAGCUGGGCUCCGCUGGGGGCUCACUCGCCAUGUUCCUCCUCAUCAGCAAUACCUCCAUAUUUGUACAGGCACCCGUGUGCCCACAAACUUUGUAGACUGCGAUAGUAGAUUAGUUUAUUUGAGAAAUAAAAUAUAUGUACUUAUGUUGA